GCCUUCACAGCUCGUACGCCAGCCACGCGGGGCAGAUAGAUCCAGAGCUGAGGGCGGCGUUGUCUCCAGACUGCCACAUGACGCCCGUUUUUGACGAGCGCUCCUUCCACAGCCCGCUGUACCACAGCCCCACCCACGACCCCCAGGGCUCCCUCUACAGGACCAACACAGGUAUGGAGACCCUCCCGCGGACCACAAGCCACUGCGGCACGCUGCCGUACCAAAGAAGCAGCUACGGGCUGAGCACUGCAGCUCUGUACGUCGACUCCUACAGGGUCCCCGGGGAGCCCGUCUUCUCCCACCGGCACUCUGGACUGGUGGAGCGGGUGGCCACGCGCACCCCGUCCAUCGAGAGCAUCCACAAGGACCCGAGGGAGUUUGCCUGGCGCGACCCCGAGCUGCCGGAGGUCAUCCACAUGCUGCAGCAUCACUUUCCCUCCGUCCAGGCCAACGCCGCCGCCUAUCUGCAGCACCUGUGCUACGGAGACAACAGGGUCAAGGUGGAGGUGUGUCACCUGGGAGGGAUCCAGCACCUGGUGGACCUGCUGGAUCACAAGCUGACCGAGGUUCAAAAGAGCGCCUGCGGGGCCUUGAGGAACCUGGUGUACGGCAAAGCCACCGACAACAACAAAGUGGCACUGAGGAACUGCGGCGGCGUGCCCGCUCUGCUGCGGCUCCUCAGGAAAACAACUGACAAUGAAGUUCGUGAGCUGGUCACUG